AUCAGAAUGCCUGAACCAGCCAAGUCCGCUCCCAAGAAGGGCUCCAAGAAAGCCGUCACCAAAGCUCCCGGCAAGGGCGGCAAGAAGAAGCGUAGGAGCAGGAAGGAGAGCUACGCCAUCUACGUGUACAAGGUCCUGAAGCAAGUGCACCCUGACACCGGCAUCUCGUCCAAGGCCAUGAGCAUCAUGAACUCCUUCGUCAACGACAUCUUUGAACGCAUCGCUUCCGAGGCGUCUCGUCUGGCCCACUACAACAAACGCUCCACCAUCACGUCUAGGGAGAUCCAGACAGCCGUGCGUCUCCUGCUGCCCGGUGAGCUGGCCAAGCACGCCGUGUCUGAGGGAACCAAGGCCGUCACCAAGUACACCAGCUCCAAGUAAACUGCUCCAGUAGAAUUACCACCACUACCCAACGGCUCUUUUAAGAGCCACACACUUCCUCUUGAGAGCAAACAACCUUUUUGUGUGUCGUACACUUGUAGCAUUUCUCACCUCAAUACUAAAUUGUCUUCAGGUCGGAAAAUCAAGUGAAGUAGAAGGUGAUUUAGUAGUUGUGCUGCUGGAUUUGCUACUAAGUCAAUCUAGUAGAUCUAUAGUAGAUCUGAUGGCAAGAGUUGGAUAACAAAUGAUCUUUUGUGAAUAAAGUGUGACAUGCACCUUUUUGACUUGGCAUGAUGUAAUAUAUUUGAGAGCAGAGGGACACCCACUUAACAUAGCAUAAGGUCAGUGUGGGAGUUUGCAAAAAUAUUUCAGCUGUAAUUGUGA